AUGUCUUGCCCUCUCAGUCCCGAUAAGGUCACGUGCAAAGCCGCGAUAAGGAGCAAUCCAUGUCACUAUGGCCACUACAAUCUCCCCACACCUCUUCGCUACCUCGGUCAUGUAGAGACGGACAUGGCUGUGAACAAAGCAGCCCAUCCUUCCUCUUCUUUGCCACAAUCAAGUCCAGCUGAACAUGUAGCGAGACCAGAACAUCUUUCCCGGGUCAGCGACCAGUCGGUUCACGCUUCUGAUAGCCAUUCCGCAGGUGAUGCGGCAUCUGAUCAUGUUCUACCAAUCUCAUCGUCAGCCCAUGGCGGCCUGGGCCAGGAAUCCAAGCACAGCGUCGGCCAGAUGCUCAAUGACGAAACCUUAGCCCAUCAAGAGAUCCGUCCGCCGUUUCAGCCCUUCUUCACUCUCAUUCAGGAUGCUCACACUUCAGAGCAUUUCCACCCGACGGUGCACUACAUAUUCUCUGACGAUGACACCGACAUCGUCACAGAAGCUGCUCUGCGUAGCUUGGAGGUACAACAAGAUGAUCAGCCUGGGCAAAAGUCGACCAAUAAAUCGCCAAGUAGAGCCCAGGGCUCUGAAGACCCAGUCGAAGGUGACAAGACCUCCUUACUCCCGCCGCCGAUUCCUGGAGUACGUGAAAACUACAUCAUUAUCGACAUUGAGCCUGUGUCCCUGACAACCGGCGUGACGCAAAAUGAUGAUCAGGCGAAAAUUUUCAAUAGCACCGCCGAAGCUCAUGGCGCGGGGUCCAUUUCCACAUCGCCUGCGUACAUCGAACCGCAUCCAGCAUCUCCUGCGCCGAGCAUGUCGCAGCCCCAAUAUCGGAUCAAAUCUGCAAAGAGCUUUUCACCCUCAUGGCAGACAUUAGGCAGCGAGUUAGCGCCGGCGCCAACCUUCGAAAAUUACGAGUCUGGCGAAGCUCCUGGGCAUGGUCUGAUGCUCAAGAUCUUGGGGACCGAAGGCCUACCCACAGAAGUGGCAGUGGACCAAGGAGACCGUGAAAAAUCUCGACUCGAGGCUAUGAUGGACCAGUUUGCGAAGAGAAUGCGUGAGUUACAGAUGGUGAUAGAGGCUGCAAAUAUUAGUCCCUCGCCGCAAGAAGCGCCGAAUGGGCAAGAGCGAAACGCCGAUGCAGCCGAGCCUGUUGAAGGAGCAGAUACCCACUCGGAUGGAGAAAAAGCACUAACCAUUGAGGCUUCGAAGGAGUCUUAUUAA